AUGGCUGGAAAAUUCAAGAAAUGCAUGGCGCUAUGCUGCACCCGGGCGCUUGUGACAGAGGAAAUAGGAAAGGACACAUGUGAGGAAGCCAUUGCAGGCCUGAAUAAGCUUCUUAGUGAGAAAACCGAGCUAAAGCCGGUGGCUGCCGCCAAGCUGAGGCAGCUGACGGCUGAGCUGACGGCCCCCCGUGGAAUUCCUGUGAGUACCGACCCGGUUGAGAGGAUCCGAACCGGGUUCGCCCACUUCAAGAAAGAGAAAUACGAGAAGGAUACUGCUCUGUAUGCUAAGCUUGCCAAGGGCCAAUCCCCAGAGUUCUUGGUGUUUGCAUGCUCUGAUUCAAGAGUAUGCCCUUCACAUGUACUUAAUUUCCAACCAGGGGAGGCUUUUAUUGUAAGAAAUAUUGCCAAUAUGGUCCCUCCUUUUGACAAGACAAAACAUUCGGGGACAGGAGCUGCAAUUGAAUAUGCGGUGCUACAUCUAAAGGUGAAGAACAUAUUGGUCAUUGGCCACAGCUGUUGUGGAGGUAUAAAGGGGCUCAUGUCCAUUACUGAUAAUGUCACUAAUAAGAGUGAUUUUAUAGAAGCUUGGGUCAAAAUAUGCAAAGCUGCAAGGGCCAAGGUGCAAAAUGAAUGCAGCAAAGUAGAUUUCGACGAGCAAUGCCGGCAGCUCGAGAAGGAAGCUGUGAAUGUAUCGCUAGGGAACCUAUUGAGCUAUCCAUUUGUGAGGGAAGCUGUGGUCAAUAAUACCCUUUCACUCAAAGGAGCACACUAUGAUUUUGUCAAGGGCACUUUGGACAUUUGGGGCUUAGAAUCUCACACAUCUCCUUAUUUGAGUUUACAAUAA